AUGGCCACCAAUUCCCUGCAUUCCCUCCACCGCCACCUCACCAAUCUCCUCCACCACACGGACUCCACCGCCACCGCCAUCCCCCUCUUCUCCUCCACCUCCUUCCCCAAACCCACCGCCGCCACGUCAUCCCUCUCCCUCUCCCUCUCCCUCUCCACCACCACCGCCUUCUCCUCCAUCACAUCAACCACACCCUCCACCUCCCAACCCGCCGCUCCCUCCACCUCCCUGGACCUCCUCCGCCGCCACCUGGAGGCCCGGGAGUACCGCCAGGCCGACGACGAGACCCGCCGGCUCCUGAUCGCCCUGGCCGGAGAGCCCGCGGUGGCGCGUGGCUACGUCUUCUUCUCGGAGGUCCAAUUCAUACCGACACCAGAGCUGAGGGCCGUGGACGAGCUCUGGAAGGAGCACAGCGAGGGCAGGUUCGGGUACAGCGUCCAGAAGAAGAUAUGGAAGAAGAAGGCCAAAAUGGAUUUCACCAACUUCUUCAUCAAAGUUGGGUGGAUGAAGAAGCUCCCAGACAGCGAAGUGGAGCAGUACAAUUACAGAGCCUUUCCAGGGGAGUUCAUUUGGGAGCUUAAUGAGGAUACCCCUGAAGGUCAUCUGCCUUUAACCAAUGCUCUUAGAGGGACGCAGCUGCUUAACAGUGUUCUUAAUCACCCUGCAUUUGAGGGAGACGCAGACGAAAGUGAUGAUGAUGAUGAUGAUUUGGUGGAGCAAGGAAGGAAAAGGAUUGGUGGUGGUGGUGAUGAGGAAUCCGGCAACAAGGUGUUCAAGACGGAUUAUAGCUUUUAA